UGACUGUUAUCAUUCGACGGAGCGACGUAGCCGCAAACGCACGCGGCGCGAAUAAAAAAAUCAUUCGAUUUUUAAAUCGCUUCGUUCAGUUGCAUAUUUAAUCAAGUUGGAUUGAGUUGUGUUAGUGAAUUUUUUGAAUUAAGAACAAAUACUUAGAAAGCAGUAAAAAUGGCGCGCGGUAGUGUGUUCGGAUGUGCAUCUUCUAGUCAUAGCGUAAUGUUUGUUAAAGUUGCUAUUGCAGUAUUGUUCUUAGGAUUACCAUGUGCACAAUCGCAAGUAGAAAAAAUGUAUGUCGACGUCACAGAAGUCAACCUCUUGGUGGACGAGACGCGACUCUUCAAAUUGAUUCAAAUCGGCGAAUACAACGAAACCAUAGACGUGACAAUACAAGCCCAGCACUCAGACAUCGUCCAGUUCUCACCGUCUCACGUCUUGAUACCAGGCGUGGAGAGUCCUAAUACCACAGUCGAGAUAUCAUAUGAUAUCAGCGCGCAUGGGAAGAGUCCGGGGCAUUCCGAUGUUUCAUUCAACGUCACGCCGAGUGGCAUCGUCAAUAUGGACACAGUAUUCAUCCUCGUGACCGUAAUGCACUCCAACGCCAUCUACAUAAUCUCGUACAUCAUGGGCUGGGUGUACUUCGCGGCGUGGUCGGUGUCUUUCUACCCGCAGAUCUACACCAACUUUAAAAGGAAAAGCGUCGUGGGCCUCAACUUCGAUUUCCUCGCGCUCAAUCUCAUGGGCUUCACCAUGUAUUCGCUGUUCAAUUGCGGCCUAUAUUUCUCUAGCGAAAUACAAGCAGAAUACUUCGCUCGACACCCGAAGAGUUUGAAUCCAGUGCAGCUGAAUGACGUCUUCUUCUCCCUCCACGCUGUAUUCGCUACCCUCAUUACGAUAAUUCAGUGCUUCCUAUAUGAGCGCGAGGAGCAACGUGUUUCGCUGGCGGGUCGCGGGAUCCUAGGCGUCUUUGGUCUCGUAGUGAUAGUGACGGCCAUCUUGGGUGGCGUCGGCACCGUGGCGUGGCUCGACUUCCUAUACUACUGCAGCUACAUCAAACUUGCCAUCACGCUUAUCAAAUAUGUUCCUCAGGCGUACAUGAACUACAAGCGGAAAUCCACUGUCGGUUGGAGCAUCGGCAACAUCUUCCUCGACUUCACCGGCGGGUUCCUCUCCAUCUUCCAGAUGGUCCUGAACGCGUACAACUACAACGACUGGAUCUCCUUCUUCGGCGACGCCACCAAGUUCGGCCUCGGCCUGUUCUCGCUCGUGUUCGAUGUCUUCUUCAUUCUGCAACACUAUGUGUUCUACAGGGACGCGCGUUACAUCCUUCUUCCCGGGACUUCAAACGAAGACCAAGAAAAUGCGGACAGCCCGUCGGACCACGAGUACUCGCAGGCCGAAUCCUACCAGGGUGCCCCGACCGACGCAUAAUGAACGUUAUUGCAACACUAUUAGAACUCAAUUUCAUUUGAAUGGUGAUUAGUAGAUGAUUCAUGAAAAAACUUUACACCAAUUAAUAUGAUUGUAAGUGCAGAAAACUCUAUGUAGGUAUAGUCACCAUCAGAUAUAUCGGAGCGGCCAAGGUGUUCACAAUAUCUGAACACGCGCUCUAACGUCUUGACAAUAGAGGCGUGUUCAGAUAUUUGUGAGCGCCUUGGCCGCUCCGAUACAUCUGAUGGCGACUGUACCUAAUAAAUAGUGUGUGUAUCUAAUCAUGAUGGUACAUAACGGCUUAAGUACUUGUUUUAUGUGGAUAUAAAUAAGAUUAUAAACAAAGUGAGUGCGGUGAAAAACAAAACAGUUUUGUAUCAGACCUAAGUGCAAUAAAAGUAUUAAGAUAGUAUUCAAGUGGUCGAGAUGAAAAGUGCAAUUGACAAGAAAAGAAUUGUUAUCAGACAUCAGUGAUAGUGGAUGUGACGACAGAGCUCGUGACAAAGGACAAAUAAAAAAAGAAGACUGAAGAUUACAGCUUGGAGGGCUUAAGUUUUGCUUACUCUAGGUAAAGUCGCCAUCAGAUACAUCGGAGCGGCCAAGGUGCACACAAAUAUCUGAACACGCCUCUAUUGUCAACUCUAGAGUUUUUGUUAAGAUAUUUUUGAGCUCCUCGACCUGUGCCAAAAUACCAACCAUUACGCGCUUCUUCAUACAAACGCAGUCCCGAUUUUCUUUCCUGGAUAUUAACUUUAUGGACAAUAUUUUUAUUUUACACAUUUUAUUAUAUAGGCACUCGUCUUUACCAUAACUAAGGGGCAUAGUUCGACUUUAUUCGAGUUCUUCAUUAGAUAUUAUAAAAGUUUUAUGAGCGAAAAACCAAUUUCAUACAUUUUAGUAAAUCUAUUUUCUAAUAUAGAGAGGAAAACGGAGGCUCUGAGGGCCUACCGCGAACCACGUUCGACGUAUUGCCUCCUUGUCACACUUACGUAUCAAUUUCCAAGUGCGACAGAGAGGCAGCACGUCGGACGUGGUUCGCGGUAGGCCCUGUGUUUAUAUGGACGUCGGUGACGUGAAUAUAUCCCAUAUGCUCGUCGUCUCUCCCUCUCUCUCUGUCGCUCAAAUAUGCAAUAGCGAGAGUAUCCACAAGUGCACCUCUUAAAUGCUCAGCGUCACCAUACAGACAUUCAAUGUGCAUUUUGUUACACAAGUAAAUGAUGUAAAUAACUCGACACUUUAUAUGAUUAGUUUAAAAAAUUUAAUUGGAUUGUGUGUAUAUCAAAAAGAAUAGAUAGUAUCCUGUCUGAUAGGGGUCCUGUCAUAGUAAAUUUUGUAGUCACAGUGAAUUUACUGCCAUUUAUCGACACACGACUAAAACUCAAAACGAAAACGUAUAAAAUUAUCAAAAAAAUGUAUGUAUAUGGAUAAAUGAUUUUAUUAUUUUUAUAUCAUUUUGAUCCAUGUUCACUCACUGAUAUCCAUGUGUUAAAAUUGUUAAAUAUGAAACGGUGUCGUCACGCCAUCUAGCCGAGCAUAGGCUAAAGGUGUGUGCGGCAUCUAUCCGAAAAUGACUUUUUCUUGAUUUCCGAGGCACGUUUUUUCCUUAGACUUUAUUCAUCUUAUACGAAGUUACAUAUGUCUUUGGUGUAUAUCAAACAGAAUCGUUUUAAGUAGGUGGGUAUAAGGCGUCCAAUUAUUGGAAGGUGGCCAGUAAUAGACGAUUUAUCCUACAUCUGACCUAUUUAUUUUCUGCAUCAUGUAAGAACCAAAAUGGUUGGUAUUUUGAUACCAUAAUUCUGCCCUGCUAAGCCAAUUAGCGGUAUCUCAAAUAAAAAUUUAAUGCAAACAUAUACCUUACAUUCUUUACCUGAAAAUUCAAUUUUCAACUUCAUUUGUUUUUGAGAUGCCGCUAUUCGGCUUAAGAGGGCAGAAUUAAUGUAACAAUGUCUCAGUAGGUAUACAUAAACUAAGAUUUUUAGCUAGCACAUUGUAAUGUUUGUAACAAAAAGGGUAAAUUUAAUAAAGUACGUAUUACUUAGCAUAAUUUUAACUUAGAAUGAAUUGUAAAUCAAAACGAAAAAUUUAAUUUAAUUGGGUUUUUUACACACUUUUAUUUUAUUCACAUGCACAUAUCUCGCUGAUCUUACAGACUGUAAGUUACAGUGUGCUUGUAGACCCAUUUUUGGGUGUUUUUGGGUGUAUGCCCAUUGUCGAUUUGUCUCCGCCCCACGGGCCUAUUGCACAAAUGGGAAUACACCCUCAAAUAAAGGGAGCGCCUUUAUUUUACAUAAAGUGUUAUGUCAUAAUGUAUUUUUUGUCAUAUUAUCAUUAGUCAUAAAACUGAAACCGUUAACUUUUCAGGAUUUCCCUAAGGUUAUCCUAUCCUCAUGCCGCCCACCAUACAAAAUUAUAGCUAAGGAAAUUAAUCUUUUUGAAUUGGGUUGAAUUUCAUUUGUUCGAAAUUUUUACGAGAUAAAUGAAACGCUGCCUAAUUUGUUUUUUAUUAAGAUUGACAUUCCAUCGAAACUGAGUGUACAUCCUAAUGUACAUUGGGCGGCACGAGGCUAUAGAUUAGGUUAGGUUAGGUUUAUUUAACGCUGCCUAAUUUGUUUUUUAUUAAGGUUGACAUUCCAUCGAAACUGAGUGUACAUCCUAAUGUACAUUGGGCGGCACGAGGCUAUAGAUUAGGUUAGGUUAGGUUUAUUUAAUGGCAAUCCUGAAAAGUUACGCGUUUCUGAACCAAACCAAUUAUAAGUAACGAAAAUGCGGACUAACAAUACAUUAUGACUUAAAACGUUAGGGAAACAAUAGAGACCCGGGAAUACACCAUUUACCUACAUAAUGCAAGCUCUACAAUUACUCGGAGGUCGUGCGCAGACUGUAGAUACAAUAUAUGUAUAAUGUAAAAUGAUAUACCGGGUGUGGCCUGUAACGUGAGCAAAAAAUUUUACUGUAGGCUGUACUCCUCAUACUGAUCAACAUUUGUUCAGCGACUUUUAAAAAUAACUUGUGUUUUGAUUUUUAAUACACUUUAAAGGUUAUUCAAAGACGCAAUGUAUUGCGAAUUUUGUUAUAUUUAAGGCUUGACAAGCAACGUCAAUCACAAUGAUAUGGCGUGGCGAUGGCGUCUAUUGAAGAUAAUAUUUAUUUUGUAUGAAAAAUAGGGAGUCUAAAUAAUUCAUAAUUUUUAAAAGUUGUUGAACAAAAGUGUCACCGUUUGAGGAGUACAAUCUAUGUUUUAAUUAUUUGGUCAUGUUACAGGCCACACCCGGUAUGCA